AGCAGCUAAAAUCGGUAAGCUUUAUAGAAUGUCGCUCCGUGUGGUUUGUUUGUAGACGUCAUUUUUGUCACAUCAACCGGGUUCAAUUUCCUUUUUCCUCCAAGCAAGAGUUCAAAUUUAAAUGCCGCGACGUGCUAGCUAGACCUGUAUUAUUAGUUUAAAUAAGAAUUAAAAUUAUAAUCCAGGCUUCGGCAAGUUUGGCCUAGAUCCGGUAUCUUAAAAGGUGAUCAGCACUCCAAAACCAUGGAUAUGCUGGACGACUUCGUAACGCUGGCGCAGAUAUGCCCUGGCAUGACGAAUGAUAAGAUCACCAACGCGCUCACUGUUUGGUUCGGGCAUACGUUCAUUUUCACUCACUGGGAGUAUGUCGGGGACACCGGCAAAGGAGACUCGUAUCUCAGCGAAGUACUCCGCGUCAGGCUCCACGGUACAGACAGACGUUUCAAACCGGACUACGUCCAAGCUAUACUCAAGAACAUCCCAAAGAACACCUCUCGCCGUCUCACGUUCCGAAGCUCUGAGUUCUUCAAAAACGAGAUAGGCUUUUACGAAAGAGUCCUUCCAGCUUUACUUAACUUCCAAUCCACCAAGGAAGUCAAGGAUCCCUUUGAUAAUCACGCUAAACUGAUCUUUACGUACUGUGAUGGAGUGAAUGAUGUCGUUUGUCUCGAAGACGCGACGACCCACAGCUUUAGGUCUGUGAACACCCGCCAGAUUGGCAUCGAUUUCGUUCACAGUAAACUCGCAUUGAAAGCUUUAGCGAAGUACCACGCUAUAUCCUUCGCUAUGAAAGACCAAAAACCAGAAGAGUUUGAUAAAAUUAAGAAGGAGAUUUUCGAAACCUACUAUCAUGAGAGGUUGAGGUCUUGGUACCUUAGGUUCUGGAGUCGUAUCGGGAAGAUAGCUGUAGAUGCAGUUGAGAAGGAGUUUCCAGGUUCUAUAUACGUGGAGAAGGUAAAGCAAUUCGUAGCUCCUGAAAGGUACGACGAUAUGAUCAAUGCUGCGUGCAACACUCUGGAAAAUGGAGUGAUCUCUCAUGGGGAUACAUGGACGAACAACUUUUUGUUCAAGUACAGGGAUGCUCAACCUGUGGACGCCAUGAUUAUAGACUUCCAACUGGCCAGGUGCGCUACACCAGUGCUGGAUAUCAGCUUCAUGAUGUACGCCUGUACUUCUCAGGACUUGAGGGUGCAGCAUUAUGAUGAGCUGCUAAAGCACUACUACGAGGUCCUCUCUACUCAGAUCAGGGAGAUGGGUUCUGAUCCCGAGAAGGUGUACUCCUGGGGCACGUUCAUGGCUGAGAUUAAGAAGUAUUCGUUCUUCGGACUGGCUUUUAGCUUUGAAUCUACCCCGUUCAUUGUCUUGCCCCCUGAAGACGCAAUUACUAUGAUUUUUGAGGGUGACACUCAAAUGGACAUCAAUGACGUAUGGAAGAUAGGUCCAUUCAGGACUAGGGAGGGCAGGCUGCGUGAGGCAAACAACGUAAAGCAUGCCGUCGACAUGGGAUACAUAUAAACAAAUAAACUGAUAAGACAAGCACUGGUCAAAGCAUACAAACAUACACAAAACAUUUCAGUUUUACAAAAAAGAGUACUAAAUUUUGCUGCUAAACUAAAAAGUAAAACUCUGAGACUAGGUAGUAUAUCAACCAUAUGAAAAAGAAAUAUGAGUUCGUAUAACCGUCACACGUGAUUGAAGUUAAACUUUAUUGAAUUGUUCUUAAUCUAUCUAUUGGCAAAAUUAAAAUUAAAAAAAUCGGUUGGUACAGAAACGUGACGCCAUAUUGCCAUAACAGACUUGCAUUGCAUUGCCGUCCAGUUACCUACUAGUCGCGCCUAAAGAAGUUUUACUUCAAAAAUACACGUAUGAAUUCCUGUGCUUGUUUAAACAUGUUUGAUCAAGAAAAACCGUUUUUGAAGCGGUAUAAAAGACCCGAUCCGGUAUAAAAGACCGGUAUAAACUAACGGUCUAUUUAAGAAUAUAAAUUUCCAUUAAUAUUGUGUAACACAAACAUAUACACAACGUAGUGAUUAGUUAAGACAGGUGAUAAUCACCUUUUAAUAUAUAAAACUUAGUAUUAAGGACUAAAAUGUCGCUGCUUUUUUAAGGUUUUAUCAACGGAUUUUGAAAAGAGUAUUCUUUUAUAAAAAUUGGUCUCUGCAGUAAAACUUCUAUCUGUCAAAAGCUGAUAGGUCAAUUUGCUAAGCUUGUUAGGCAGUUGAUACCAUAUCAUAAUAAUGUAUGUACUUUUCAUACAUAACGAUCUGCAGAGGCUUUUAAACAAUUAUGAGUUAUAUAUUUAACUGAAAAUUUAUAAAUAUUUUAUCAAAAAUUCUAUAAGAAACAUAUUAUUUAAAUCGGUUUUUGGUUCAAAUUGUGUUUUAAACACAAUAAUCGUAUUAUUGUUUGCGAUAGUUUAGUUUGAAAAAGUAAUCUCGACUAAUUUCCUACCUCUCGCUUUUUAACGAAUAUUGAAAAUAUACUAUUAGAUUUCACGGCAUAUUGUCUUCAUAUUCCUUAUUGGAUGAUACAGGCAUAUUAACUUAUAUUGUAAGGUAUUGUUUGUAAGGAAAAGUAUUUUUUUAAGUAUGGAACUUUUGGAUUGUAACCUUUUUCACUUGAAGUUUCGGAGGCCUAAUAUUGUUGAGGCCGAAUAUUGCGUAGGCCGAAUACUGCCGAAGAGGAAUAUUUCUGAGGCCGAAUAUUGUCGAAUAUUUCAUUAGGCCUCUAGGUUUUGUAGUUUUUAUGCCUCUAAAUAACUUCUGACAUUGUAAUUCAUGACAUAUUUCUAUUACUAUAUUCCAUAGACUAUUAGACCAUAGACAGAAACAAGUUCUCGUUUCCAUUUUGUGUAAUUCAAGUAUUUUUGUGUCUCCUACGUGUAUUUAAUUGGUAAGAUCUUUUGUCUGUAGUAAUUAAGGUAUUUUUCUAUUUAUUUGUAAUAAUUGAACCGCCCGUAUGUUACACAGGAUGUUAUGGAAAUGCGCAGUCAUAUUUGGAAAUUUACGUCUCAAUGUAAAUCUAGUUUCUUGUAAGUCAGUGAUUGCUCUUACAAAGUAAAUGAAAAUUAAAACACUGUUUCAUAUUUUGAUGAUCUCAUGAUAAUUUGAUAUGACUACGCUUUAACAUCCUCCUGUAUUUAUAAUCUAUUGUAUUGAAUUUAAACCAGUGACAAAAAAAUAAUCUCUAAUAUCUUAUACAAUUACCAGUUAAUACCUCGAAAAAUCUCUUUGACUGCAAAAAAGUAUAAUUUUAGGUCCAUGGAUGAUUAAAGGUAGAAUAAAUUGUCGCAAAUUAGAACUUAAUUUCGUCAUAAUCCCAGUGCAGUAGACUGGAAAAUUGUAUUUAAGUUGUGAUUGUAAGACUCCAUACGGGCGCAUUAUGCACAAUUUUUACUGAUAGCUGUGUUAGUCCUAUCAAUAGUAUUAUAAGAUAAUAAUAAUAAUACCUACCUAUAUAAUAUGUAUAAGUUCUACUACUGAGCAUAGGUCUGUUCCCCUAUAGGGAGUUAAGCAUUGAUCACCACGUUAGCUCAAUGCGGGCGAUUUCAAAUUCUCCAAUAUUUGGAAUCCAGGUUUCCUCACGAUGUUUUCCUUCUCCGUUUGUCACUGGUGAUUUAAAAUAAUUAUCAAAGUACAUAAUAUAAAUUUGAAAAACAUCACACUAGUACUUUUGCCUGUAUUGGGAUUGAACUUGCUCCUUGUGCAUACAAAUCCAAGCACAGAACCGCUAGGCCACCAUGACGAGUACUAUAAAAAAUGAAAUUUAUCAGUUCAAUAGAAAAUCAUGACGGAUAUUCUUGUUCUCUCAAGAAUACGAAAUCAAUCAGUAUUUAUCAUAAGCAUUCUUAUCAGUAGUAUCCUUUAAGUCUAUAUACUUUUUACUCUUUCUAGAAUUUAAGUGAGUGUACUUUAUUGCAUACAUUGUAUUAAUAAAAGUAUGUAAUUUAUAAA